AUGGGUACUCAAACAAGCAAAAGCACGCACGAAACUGAAUUUUUGACAACUCCAAAAAUGUAUAAAGACAAAGGUCAAGCUGACAACUCUGCUGACAACUUCCACAAACUUUCCAACGAUACCACUCAUUUCAAUAACGAUCAUCUCUCUCUUGAUUUCAAGCUCUUCUCUCCAACCCACCAAUAUUCUCUCAAUAUGAGAGGCAGUUCCAAUCUUAGAAGCAAUACUCAUUUGACAAUUAAAGACGAAAAUGACAACCUGUUGAGAAUGAGACUCAUUGGAUCGGCAUUUGUGCUCACACAGCAAGGUGAAUCUCCAACGAAAUAUUUCAACCUACACAACGAGGCCUCAUGUGAGACUUUCGUUCAGAAGGGAUUAUUUGAUGUCGAAGUGAAAUCACCACAACCAUUUGUUUACCAUCAAAACUUAAAGUUGGUGGUAAGCAAAAUUGCAAAGAAGACAGCAAGACACAUCUCAAAGUAUAUUACCUUCUUGAUUGAAGUUGAACGAGUAGGAUGGUUUGUCAUUAGUUUUGGUCAUAAGAAGUGUAUGAAGACAUCUGUUGUGUUUGCCACGAGUGUUUUUGUCAGCAAGUUUAUCCAUGAAGGUAACGAUAAUCAGUCUGAGGGAGUAGAUGUCGAUUGUCAACAACGACGACCAUUGCACUAUUCAAAUGACCAAUCCUCUCCAAUGUUGAGUCAUUCCUCUGGAGGAAGACAUCCACACUCUCCUUCCUCCCCCUAUUCUUCUUCUGGCUCUCCCUCAGCUCAGUCUGCACCCUCUCCAUUAAUCGUUAAUAAUCCAUCACAUGAAAAGAGAGUCAGUACAAGUUACCAACUUGAUAGCCCUCUCUUCAUGAAGCCUCUCAUUCAUCAAUCAGAAUCUAACUGCUUUCCAAAAACUUCUUCGUUCUAUUCCAGUACCUAUUCCACCAGCCCUUUAACUACUACGAAGCAAAUGUCUCGUGAUUAUAUUAUGCAAUAUAGACAAAAGGAUACCUUUGGAGUGAAUGCUUUCGAACGAUCUCCUCCAACACCAACCCUUUCAACAAACAGCAACCAUCAGUGUUUCUCUUCGUUUCUUAGCUGCGACUUGACUUCAUGUGAAUUUCAAACAUGUCCUCUGUCAAGUAUUUUCAAUCACAGUUCUGAAGGUUUUGAUCCACUUGACAGAAUAUCUGUAGUGUUUGUUGCUUGUGAACCAGAGCAUGCAGUCAUCAGUCCAGGUCUCAUCGUUUCUGUUACACCAGAUCGAAUUACAUUUCGAUUACCAGCAAUCCCCCUUGAUUAUUGCAACUUGCAUCAAAUCAAAGCUAAAAUGUAUGUGAGAAUUAACGAUAGAGUUCUAUUUGUCAAUCACUUCGUGUUCAGAAACAGUGAACACGACUUUGCUUUUGAGCCAUUAGGUCAUCUCUUCUCUGCAACAUCCAACUCACAAGCUCUUUCAAUGAUCUUUGAAAGUAAUUGCCAUAACAGUACUGGAAAGUCGAGCCCUCCAAAUCAACCACAACACUUGCAUCACUUGCCUCAAACCACUACUACAUCAUCCAGUCCUUACUUCAAACAUCAAUUCUUCUUCUAA